GCUCCCUCCACAAAGGCUCUCCUACAGAGGCUCCUCCCAAUGAAGGUUCUUCUAACAGAAGCUUUUUUGAUAAAGAUUCCCCUGAUGAAGAAUCUCCAAACAAAAGUUCCCCAAGCAAAGGUUUACCAAAAGCUUUCCUGAAUGAAAGUCUCCCAAGCAAAGGUUCACCAAAAGCUUCCCUAAAUGAAAGUCCCCCAAGCAAUGGUUCACUGAAUGCUUCUUUGAAUGAAAGUUCCUCAAGCAAAGGUUCACUGAAUAAAAGUCCCCAAAGCAAAGGUCCAAGCAAAGGUCCAAACAAAGGUCUAUUAGGACCGUGUUUUUAUUGUAGAGGUGCUCACUUGCUUGUACUUUGUUCAAAAAUUCAUCCCAGCCUAAGAGGUUGUUGUAUAAAGUGCUGGUCUCCAGAACAUACUGUGAAAAAUUGUUCUCUCCACUAUGCCCUUCCCCAACCACCUAUGUAG